AUGUUCACUUUUGUCAGAAUACUGUAUAUUUCGCUUGCUUUCUUAGCAGCUUCUGUUUCGGCGCACAACCACUUAUUACCAUCGUGGGGUAAAGCAUGCUUUUUUGAAGAUGUCAAGAAGGGUGAUCAGCUAGCUGUUACUUUUCAAAUUGGUAACAGAGACCCAUAUUCUUCUGAGCAGCCGAUUGCCGAUUUCUGGAUUACGGAUCCUAGCGGAAACAGAGUUGCUACUAAGCAGAAAGUUGCUGAUGGCGAUGUUAGUGUCGAUAUUCAAAACAGCGGUAGAUAUGAGUACUGCUUUUCCAACGAAUUUAGUGCUACUGGCACAAAGGAUGUGACUUUUCACGUUCAUGGUGUUAUUUACAUGGGUACCGAAGAUGUCCAGCCUGGAUCUCUCGAGGAUGAAGUUAGAAAACUUGCCGAUAAUGUCCAGUCUAUCAAGAAUGAACAAGCUUACAUUGUUAUUAGAGAAAGAAUUCACAGAAAUACAGCUGAAUCAACAAACGCUAGGGUUAAAUGGUGGAGUUUGUUUCAAAUUGCAGUUGUUGCUGCGAACUCUUUGUUUCAAAUCUACUAUUUGAGAAGAUUUUUUGAGGUCAAGUCUAUAAUAUAA